GCGCAUGCGCAGUUCGCCAUAUUGCGCAGCUGGGCGUGAGAGUGCGUCGAAAACAUCGCGGCUACAUUGUUUAUUUUCGUGGCGCUCAGUGACUGUUUUCACCCGGUUAUAAAUACUAUGCUGAUCCCCAGUCUAACAGGGUUAUCGCUCAAAUGAAGAACUCUUGUCGCUUUAAACCGUUUUAGAGAUCAGAUAAACGCGUUAGUCCGGCUGAAGUGUGUUAGCGUUACGCGCUGUAGUGCUAGCAGCUAACAAGAUUCACAUCAAAAUCCCCCAAACUGGAUACACGAAGACAUAUUCAUUCCCAGGAGACGCAACAGGGCGUGUGAAUGGCCGCUUCACUGACGGCAGUGUCUUGCUGAACCGAGUUCAAACGGCACCGGGAGCCUCGAUCACUCCGAGGCCGACAACCAGCGCAUGAUGUCCAUCACAAACACGCCCACCAGUAACGACGCGUGUCUGAGCAUCGUCCACAGCCUGAUGUGCCACCGGCAGGGCGGCGAGAGCGAGACCUUCGCCAAGCGGGCCAUCGAGAGCCUGGUGAAGAAGCUGAAGGAGAAGAAGGACGAGCUGGACUCUCUCAUCACGGCCAUCACCACUAACGGCGCUCAUCCCAGCAAGUGUGUGACCAUACAGAGAACGCUAGACGGCCGGCUGCAGGUGGCCGGUCGUAAAGGAUUUCCACAUGUCAUCUAUGCACGGUUAUGGCGAUGGCCGGACCUUCAUAAGAACGAGCUGAAACACGUCAAGUACUGCCAGUUUGCCUUUGACCUCAAAUGUGACAGCGUCUGUGUGAACCCCUACCAUUACGAGAGAGUCGUGUCUCCGGGGAUCGAUUUAUCUGGACUCACACUGUCAGGCUCUGGUCCAUCGGGCCUUAUGGUGAAGGAUGAAUAUGAUUAUGAAUCGCAGCAGUCUCUGCCCAGCACGGAGGGACACAUGCAGACGAUUCAACACCCUCCCUCGAGACCGGUGGCCCCGGAGCCCUUCAGCACGCCGGCCAUGCUCCCGCCAGCAGAGGGCAGCAGCUCCGCCUCCAGCUCCGCCUUCUCCAACAUCGCGGUCGGAUCCACAACUCAGCCCGGUAGUGUUCUGACAGCAAGCCAUAGCAGUGAGAGUCUGCUGAUUGCAUCUGGGACAGGGCCGGGCUCUCAGCAGAACGGCUUCCCGCCAGGCCAGACCUCCACGUACCAUCACAGUCCGGUGUCUCUUCUUCUGUCCACAGACGCCACCUCCACCUGGACGAGGAACAAUAACUUCCCUCCCAGCGUUCCUCACCAUCAGAACGGGCAUCUCCAGCAUCACCCGCCCAUGGCACAUCCGGCACACUACUGGCCUGUUCACAGCGAAAUCGGGUUUCAGCCACCGAUAUCCAACCAUCCUGCUCCUGAAUACUGGUGCUCCAUUGCUUAUUUCGAGAUGGAUGUUCAAGUGGGCGAGACGUUUAAAGUGCCCUCCUCCUGCCCGGUCGUGACGGUGGACGGAUACGUGGAUCCCUCAGGAGGAGACCGCUUCUGUCUCGGACAGCUCAGCAACGUCCACAGAACAGAGGCCAUCGAGAGGGCGAGACUGCACAUCGGGAAAGGCGUCCAGCUGGAGUGUAAAGGUGAAGGAGAUGUUUGGGUUCGCUGUCUGAGCGAUCACGCCGUGUUUGUCCAGAGCUACUACUUGGACCGCGAGGCCGGCCGCGCUCCUGGCGAUGCUGUGCACAAGAUUUACCCCAGCGCAUACAUCAAGGUGUUUGACUUGCGGCAGUGCCACCGGCAGAUGCAGCAGCAGGCGGCCACGGCUCAGGCGGCGGCGGCGGCUCAAGCGGCAGCAGUGGCCGGGAACAUCCCCGGACCCGGGUCCGUCGGAGGAAUCGCUCCUGCUAUCAGCUUGUCUGCGGCGGCUGGCAUCGGUGUGGACGAUCUCCGCCGGCUCUGCAUCUUGCGCAUGAGUUUCGUUAAAGGCUGGGGCCCGGAUUACCCCCGACAGAGCAUUAAAGAGACGCCCUGCUGGAUCGAGAUCCACCUGCACCGGGCCCUCCAGCUGCUGGACGAGGUCCUGCACACCAUGCCCAUCGCCGACCCCACGCCGCUCGACUGAGACACGCCCCCGGGGGUCAGAGGUCAACGCCACACGGAUGCACACGCAUCCAUUUCAUUGAAAGAUUCAAUUUGUUUUUUGUUUUUUCAUUUUUUUCAUUUCACCUCUUCGACCCCAGUAACGCCGUGCAGAAAGUGUUCCAGCAGCCAAAUUUAUCAUCUCAAACGUUUUGCAUGAAAAAGACGUGAGCUCCUCAGAGGUGCAUGCUGGGAUUGGGUUCGGUCUUCAAAAGCCGUUUUAAUGAAUUUGUUUCCAGACAUUCUCUAGCCUGAAAUGGGUCUAAUUCCCAGAGUCUCACAGGCUGAACGUUUGACAGGUCGUGCAGAAGUUUCUGUUAAAGCGGUUCGGAUCGCAUGUACAUAAAA